AUGAAAGUUGGAUCAAGCGCCAAUAAGUCAAGCAGAGGAGCUGCCUCUGAAGCCAAUGCUAAUCAGUCCAAAACUGGUGGCUCCUUGGAAGCAAAUGCUGAAGAUGUUGCCAAUAUGGCCCAAGCUAAUGAUGAUGAUGCUGUCAGUCGAGCCGACAGAACUGAAACAGACAACCUUCCAGUCCCCCCUCUUUUCAUUCAUUCUGCUCGUACAACUUUCUCCCAUCCAGGGGCUUUCUCGGUCCCUGGAAUAGGAGGAGCCAGCAGUCGUGAGCUAACAAGGAGCUCCCAGUCUGACCCAAGCCUCCCCAACAACCAAAACGACUUCGGCAGUCCUCUGGAUGCUACUUUGGUAGAUCAGGAAGCACAACAACAAGAAACAGGACAAGUUCGAGUGCAACUUCCAGAAGCAUCGAAUGUUAUGUCCAUUAGGAGCAAAGGAAACGAAUCAACAACAUCAUCAUCCUCUCUCAUCAAUCUAUGCUUCUUUUUGAUAAUUGCAGUGAUUGUUGGAUUGGUACUCUGGCUGGUAAUAUCACAACUAUCAAACCAAGGCUCUGGUUCAUCAGAUCCAAUUGUAGCCAUUGGUACAUUCUCUGAAGCUGCCGAGACUAACAGAAGCCACCAGUACCCACCAUUUGACAAUACGUUACAUCGAAACACGCGCAAGGCAAUUCUGGAUGACCCAACGAGCCCACAAGCCAGAGCAAACAAUUGGAUGUGGGAAGAUCCAUAUUUUGACACCUAUCCCAAGUGGCAGAAGAUACAGAGGUUUGCCUUGGCUGUUAUUUACCAUGCAAUGGAAGGAGACAAUUGGUUUUGA